AUGGUCAUGCCGGAACCCACUAAGGAUAAGUGGAUAAAAAUUUCUAAAGGAUUUGAAAUACAUGCAAAAUUUCCAAACUGCAUUAGACGGAGCACUAGAGCACUAGACGGGAAACACAUACGUAUGAUACAACCACAAAAUUCUGGUUCGCUUUAUUAUAAUUAUAAACAUUUUUUUUCGCUUGUUUUAUUGGCAUUAUGCGAUGCUAAUUAUUGUUUUACUUGGGUGGACAUUGGUGCUUAUGGUAAGAAUACUGACUCAGGAAUUUUCAAAGAAUCCACUUAUUCAAAACUAACUGAAAAAACGUUGAAUAUUCCUGAUCCAAGUCCUAUUAACAAUUCAGAUGAAACCAUAUUGCCAUACGUCAUAGUAGCUGAUGAAGCUUUCGGUAUGUUGGAGAACUUAAUGAGACCAUACGGUGGAAAGUUAUUAUCGUACGAAAAAAAAAUUUUUAACUAUCGCUUAACUUUAGCACGAAGAUACAUUGAGUGUACUUUUGGUAUUAUUAGUAAUAAAUGGCGUAUAUUACAUCGUCCACUAGACGUGGACAUCGAUUUUGCAGAAUAUAUUGUGAAAGCAAUUUGCGUACUCCACAAUUAUGUAAGAACACGAGAUGGCUGCAGUUAUGAAGAUACAUUUUUUACAGCACCCCUAUCGAGUUUAACUGGAGCUACAACUGGACGCGCUAUACGAGUAGCAGAUAAUGUUCGAGCCAAAUUUAUGGAUUAUUUCACCAAUGAAGGAAGUGUCGAAUGGCAAAACCGUAUGAUAUAA